AUGGUCAACGACACCACAACUAAGCCCCCCAACUGUGCCGAGAUACAGCAAUGCAUCGAGGCCUACGGCUAUGUGAACUAUCUGCCCAUCAUCUCUGUCAAUGCUUUCUUCCUUGCCGUCUUCUCCGUGGGCUUCAUCGCCCAGUUCCUCCUCGGCUUCCGCCAUCGCACGUGGGGAUACACCGCGGCCAUGAUGGUCGGAGCUCUCAUCGAGGCCAUCGGCUACGGCGGCCGUAUUGGCAUGCACUUUGACGUCUUCAUUGAUACCUGGUUCAUCAUCUACCUCUGCUGCCUCACCAUCGCUCCCGCAUUCUUCUCCUGCGCCGUCUAUCUCUCCCUCUCACGCAUCCUCUCGCUCUACAACCCUCACCUCUCCCUCCUAAAACCCCGCGUCAUCACUACCAUCUUCAUCUCCUGCGACCUCCUCUCCCUGGUCCUGCAGGCCGUCGGCGGCGCCCUCGCCUCCGUCGCCACCACGAAUCACAGUCAGGAUAUCGGCGUCGACGUCAUGGUCGCCGGGCUGAGUAGCCAGGUCGCCGCCACCACGGCUUUCGGAGUGCUGUGCUUGCAUCUCAUGUGGGCUGUGCGGAAGCAUCGGGCGCGCGUGUAUAAACAUACUGAAGUGUUGAGACGUAAUGGGAGGGUGCGGUUGUUCCUCUGGGCAAUCGCACUCGCGACCCUAACAAUCCUAAUCCGCUGCGCUUUCCGCGUCGCCGAGCUAUCCGAGGGUUUCAAAGGCUCGCUCGCCAACAACGAAGUUCUUUUUCUCGUCUUUGACGCCGCCAUGAUGACGGUGUGUAUCGGGGCGCUGACUGUGGCGCACCCGGCAUGGACUCUGGGGGAUGAGAUGUGGGUUGCGGGGGGCUUUCGAAAGGGGGAAGCUGGGUCUGCAGGGAGUGGUGUUGGUGAAGAGGGGAUGGUUAUGGGGAGGAAGGAGAGGAGCGAAAAUGCGAGUGCGAGUGCGAGUGGGCAUGUCACGCCUGAGAAUAGGGAGGGUGGUGGGAGCAUGUAG